UGAGAGCAUUGAAAAUGGUGAACUGUCCAAGCGACAAUUUCUUCGAGUCAACAUCGGAAUUUCUUCAAAUAGUUUUUAUACAUACAGUCAAUUGUGUGUUUGCUUGAAGAAUCUGCAAGACGAUAUGUGCAGUGUUUUAAGGCAAAUGCCAUGGAAGCUUAUCCUUGUGUUGAUAGUUGGAACUUUUGGUGGAAGUGUAGUCGGUAUUGAUACAGCACUUGUGGGAGGUGCACAACUUUUUUUUAUAAAGCGGUUUAACCUAGAUGCUUCGCUUCAGGGGCUCACGAUAGCUGCCACCUUGUUGGGUGCCCUCGUGGGUUCACUUCUAUCCACUUUGUUGAAUUCUCUAAUAGGAAGAAGAGGUGCUAUGUUUCUGGCAGGUUUGGAUGCCAUUGCAGCAGGUUUUAUCGAAGCCUUUUCUAACAUCUGGGGUGUUUUAUUGUUCGGAAGGCUUAUUUUAGGAGUUUCUUUUGGAGUUUUUACCAGUACAAUACCAGUGUUUCUGUCAGAAUUUGCUCCCACAGAGAUACGUGGAAUUUUUACUACUGUGUAUCAAGUAGCAUAUGUUUUUGGGUAUUUCAUCGGUUUUAUAGUGGAUGUGAUUUUCGUAAAUGUAUCACAUGGUUGGCGAUUCAUGUUAGGUGCUGUUAUUUUACCUGCAACUGUAGAUAUAGUUGCCCUAUCUUUUUCGUGUGAAUCUCCUAGAUGGUUGUUAUCUAAGGGCCGUUUGGAAAAUGCUAGAAACUCUCUGCUUCAGCUUCGAAAGUCACAAGAAGUAGCAGACAGAGACCUUGAAGUGAUGAGUAAUGUUAUAGAGAAAGAAAGACAAGAGGCAAAGAAACAACCCAGUUUUUUUCGUAUUGUUUAUGAUAAACCAAGUGUGAGAAGAGCAUUGACGUUAGGAUUGGCUCUGCAAAUUGCUCAACAAUUUAGUGGUGUAAAUGCAGUCAUGUUUUACUUUGACUAUGUUUUACAAUUAGCAGGACUUUCUGACUCACAUAGUAUCGACGUUAGUUUAGCAUUAGGGUUUGGAACUGUCAUUUUUGGCCUGCCUACAUUUUGGCUGGUAGAUCGUGUUGGCCGUAGAAUUCUGCUUCUGUCUACUAUGCCGUUUGUCGCAAUUAGCUUAUGGAUGUGUGGUUUUUCAUUUUUUGGAGACAAAAAAGUCAGACUGGUAUUAAAUAUUACUGGAACGCUGCUAUUUCGCUUGUUUUUAGGACCUGGUAUAGGACCCAUGCCUUGGGUUAUUACUGCAGAAAUAUUUCCAUGGCAAAUUCGGACGCAAUGCCUUACUUUGAACUCUUUUUGUAGUUAUAUGCUGAAUUUUGUUGUAUCGUUUUCUUGGCCGACAAUGUUGAAUUCAAUGCAUGCACAGGGAGCGUUUGGUUUCUUUGGUGGUUUCACAAUAUUGUCUACCAUUUUUAUAUUUCUGUUUCUUCCAGAAACGAAAGGACUUGAAAUGGAAGCCACUCAUCGGUUGUUCGAGGACUCGUUUUUCCAAAUAGCCAAGAAAAACCUUGAAGGAGUUUCGAAGAUGUUUAGUAAGGUCAUGAAUAGAAAUGCAAAAAAUAGAGGCGAUGAUAAUGCAAACGAAACUCAAAAGAUGGAAGAGAAUCAUAUCAGGAACCACACUAUGGAAGCCUCGUCUAGUUCUGCUGCUCGGUAUAGCAAGGAACACUCCAGUAGAGAAGAUGAAUUGUUUGGAGUAAAAUGUACUUGUGCUUCCUGAUAUUGUGUUGUCCUAUGAGAGUGAAGUUGGAUGUAGUUGCGUUUCAUAAUGAUAUCGAAAUGUUUGGAACAAGCAGAAAAUGUAAAUUGUUUUAGGAUUCUAACAAAGCUGUCUUUGUAAAUAGAACGUCUUCUUGUUGUCAUAACAUUCUCUAAAUGCUGAAGUUGUUGAUACUACAAGUGUAAAUGAACCAACUCAAGCACAU